AUGGCCGGAGCAGUCAACAAGCCCAAGAAUGGCAAUGCCAUGAGCAACACUAGUAGCAGCAACAAGAACGGCACUACCAGUACCAGCAGUGCUGAUGUAACUCACACAGAAUCUGUUGUCGAUCAAUGGAUUGAAGAUGUAUAUAACGAUUACGCCGAUAAACUCGACAACGGCAAUCUAGUUGUGGGUCUCGACAUCGAAUGGGCACGGCAUAACAAAGUCGACGUGUUGCAAUUAUGUUUUGCACAUCGUUGUUUAAUAUAUCAGUUCUUUGAUAAUGAAGUCCCUGAAUCUCUUAUCACUUUUCUUAACGACGACGGAAUCAUAUUCGUCAGAGCUGGGAUCGAUGAAGCUGCACACAAGCUUUUAGUUGAUUAUGGGUUGAAUGUUGCAAGAACUCAAGAUCUUGGAAGGUUGGCUGAUUGUAAGCUUGGUACACAAGGACUUUAUCAACUCGAUUUGAAUUCUUUGGUGAAUAUUGUGCUAGGCCAACAUCUGCAUCUUCAACCCAAGUUUAGAAGGAUUAGCUUCAGUAGAUGGGACAGGGAUACUCUAAAGAACGAGCAGGUUGAAUACGCUUGUUUAGAUGCUUAUGCUUCGUUUAAACUCGGUCUUUAUUUGUUUCAAAAGAAUAAAGAAUUCCAAGAAGUUUCCUCCAGAAACUAA